AUGUCAAUUAUCAAUUCUAACAUUACUCUCCACAACAAAAGACUCAAGAAAAUUAACAGAUGGUUCAAACAAAUAUUCCUAGAAAUUAAUCCAUCCAAAUCAGUUACAACUUCACUCCCUAAACCAAAUGAGGCCUUGAUUAACAAUACCAAAAUUCCAAACCAAGACAACCAAAGAAUCCUCGGAGGAUAUCUUUUUGAAUCUAAAUUAUUUAAGGAAGAACUAGAAAAAAGGAAACAUAAGAUGAUGAAUAUCCUUAACAUCCUUCCAAUUAAUCUGAUUCAACCAUAUAAUCUCAAACAAGUAGUCACAUCUAAAACCUUAUCCCAAAUUAGACACCUUGCACGCAAUAAUUCAAUAAACCAAUCCCAAAUAGAAUCAUUCGACUCUUCAAUCAGAAACCAAAUCAAAAGAAAACUAAAUAUUGAUGCAAGAACACCUAAAGAAUGCCUAUACUUACAAAUCUACCAAGGAGGAAUGGGUAUUCCAUGCCUUGAAAUGAUGACUGAUAUCAUAACCCUAAGAUCAUUAAUUAAUAUCUCAUGUCACAAUUACCAACUCAUGCAAGAAGCGGUAAAUGAUGCUAUCACAUCAACAUUCAACACCAAAAAAUCCAAAAACCUAAAUAUAUUUGAAAACUUCCACCACAUAGCAAGGAAGUAUGAACUUAAAGUUGAUAACUGCAACUACAUUCCUCAACUUGUAAAUGAAGAAUCACUAAAAUACCAUAAGAAAUGUAAAAACUUUGAAGUAUGGACUGAUGGAUCUAAAACUGAACAAGGAACUGGAUUUGGUAUUAUUUUACAGUCCAAAAAUAUAACAACUAGACACAAAUUCAAACUUGACCCAAUCCAUAGCAAUAACUUAGCUGAACUACUAAGUAUUGUCUACACUCUCCGAUUAUUACCAACAAAAUCAAAAGCAAAAAUCUACACAGACAGCGAAAUAAGUAUCAAUUUGCUAUCAAAUCCUAAAUACCGAGGACCAUUUCUCCCCCUUAAAACUGAAUUUGAAUUCCUCAAGAAAUCUAAAAACCUACAAAUCACCAUCAUCAAAGUUAAAGGCCACCAAAAUAGUGGUAACAUUCACGUAGACAAAUUAGCCAAAAAGGGAUGCACAUCAGGAAAAUUGAUAAUUCCUCACAGACAACUUACCCAAAACCAAAUUAUCCUCAAAUCCAAUAACCACUGGAUUCCAGAUAUUGCAACAUUCAUCAAGAACAAACAACUUCAGAAAUGGAAUGAAUCAAUAACUUUGAAGAGCAGGAAUAAGUUUAACCCUUCUUGCAUCUUCCCAACAACAUUCAAUUUCAUGAAGUCAAAGAAUAUCUCUCCCCAACAAAAAUAUGCAAUCUGGAGAAACAUGCACAAUGUUCACAUGAAAACAUUUAAACAACAAACUCACAUCUGCCCCAGAUGUAAUUGCACCGGAACUAUUGAACAUUAUUCCACACGUUGCACAUUACUAUCGGAGGAAAGAAUGUAUGCUAAACAACAGAUGAAGAGGCUUCUAAACAUUGAAUUGAUUCCCCAUGACCGAAAUGAAAUUCUAACCUCCUCCAAAUUCCUUAUCGACAGCAGAGGAAUCAUUCUUAACUCCGACACAUAUUUUACAAGAAGAAAACAGGACAUCAUCAAGUACUGGGUAGACAUUCAAGCAAUUCUAUCACUCUUGAUGGGUAGAGCUUUUAAUCAAUACUGGGAAAACGAAAGACCUGAGGCACCGAAGGGCCAAUAA